UUCAGUCACUUUUCUUCUCCAUUCCUGCAAAAAGUUAAUACUAUCAUAUUUCUAUAAAAAGACGUCUUCUCUAUUUCUUACCUGCAACAGACUUUUGAUAAGCUAUUUCCCACACUCUUCAUAUUUUCAUGGCGACUCAAGAUUCUCAAGGGAUUAAACUCUUUGGCAAAACCAUUGCAUUUAACUCUCAGACAAUAAAAAAUGAAGAAGAGAAACAACCACCGGAGCAAGAGGCUACAACAACCGUUAGAUCAUCAUCAUCAUCGGAUCUGACGGCCGAGAAGCGUCCAGACAAGAUCAUAGCAUGUCCAAGAUGCAAGAGCAUGGAGACAAAGUUCUGUUACUUCAAUAACUAUAACGUUAAUCAGCCUCGACACUUUUGUAAAGACUGCCACCGUUACUGGACCGCCGGUGGUGCACUUCGGAACGUUCCCGUCGGCGCCGGUCGUCGGAAGUCCAAACCACCAGGCCGUGCCGUGGUUGGUAUGCUUGGAGAUGGAAAUGGGGUUCAUCAAGUCGAGCUUAUAAAUGGCUUGCUCGUUGAGGAGUGGCAGCAUGCCGCAGCCGCAGCUCACGGUGGUUUCCGGCAUGAUUUUCCUAUGAAGCGGCUCCGGUGUUACUCCGACGGUCAAUCUUGCUGAUUAUUAUUGUUCUCUUUUUUUUUUUUUAAUUUGUUAUGGUUUUGGGGUUGAGUAGUUUUCCUUUAAACCCGUUGAAGAACGUGGUGAAUUUGGUUGCUAUUGGUACAUACAGGCUGGCAAGGUAGUUAAUUUGUCAUUUGUCAAUCAAUCGAAUCUAAGUACUACUUUAAUUUACUAGUC